GCCAGAGGAAGAGUUCUGACCAAACCAAAGUGUAGGCCAGAGCAAAAUGAAUUGACAGUAAUAGGACUGCUAGCCCAACCGAGUGUCCCAGCUGUGGCAACAAGAACCUACCUGAGGACCCCUCAGCUGAUGUCUUCAUUUUCCUUUUAAUCUAUGUUUAUGCUCUGCACGCCUGAAUCCCGUCACUCUCUGCUACCCCCAGAGAAGUCCCUGUUUUGGUUUACACCACAAGGUUUCUAGGAGUUCUCCUUAUCCCACUUUCCUGGGCUCUAGGAACUCCCCCAAAAUGACCCUCAACCCUAUGAUGCUGAGCAUUAUGGUGUCAGUCACUGCCUGACCUUAGGCUGCCACAGAGCCCAAAUUUCCUGCCACUCAACUGGCUCUGCAGAAUUUUGACAUGACCUACAGUGUGCAAUUUGGUGAUCUCUGGCCAUCCAUCCGGGUCAGUCUCCUUUCAGAGCAGAAGUAUGGUGCACUGGUUAAUAACUUUGCUGCCUGGGAUCAUGUGAGUGGUGAGCUGGAGCAACUGAGGGCCAGGGACUUUGUGAAGGAAGCCAUUUCCCACGGGGAACUGGAGCCUGAGGGUGGCCAGACUCCAACUCCAACUCCAGCCUCCGGGGCCUACAGCCCGAACCUUCGAUGCUUCACUUUUGCCAGAGGGGAUGUCAGUCGGUUCCCUCCUGCCAGGCUUGGCAGCCUGGGUGUCAUGGACUACUACCUGAUGGAUGCUGCUUCCUUGCUGCCUGUCCUGGCCCUUGGCCUACAGCCUGGCGACACCGUGCUUGACUUAUGUGCAGCGCCCGGGGGAAAGACACUAGCACUGCUUCAGACUGGCUGUUGCCGCAAUCUCGCUGCCAAUGAUGUGUCCACUUCUCGAACAGGCAGACUACAGAGGGUCCUUCACAGCUAUGUGCCUCAAGAUAUCAGGGAUAGAAAUCGAGUUCGAGUCACCUCAUGGGAUGGCAGGAAGUGGGGAGAACUGGAGGGGGACACCUAUGACCGGGUGCUGGUGGACGUGCCCUGUACCACAGACCGCCACUCCCUUCACGAGGAGGAGAACAACAUCUUUCAGCGGUCGAGGAAGAAGGAGCGGCAGAUGUUGCCUAUGCUUCAGGUGCAGCUGCUCGCGGCGGGACUCCUUGCCACCAAACCAGGAGGCCAUGUUGUCUAUUCCACCUGCUCACUCUCACACUUACAGAACGAGUAUGUGGUGCAAGGCACCAUCGAGUUCCUGGCCAAUCAAUACAGCAUCAAGGUUCAGGUGGAAGACCUGACUCACUUCCGAAAGCUUUUCAUGGACACAUUUUCUUUCUUCCCAUCCUGCCAGGUUGGGGAGCUGGUAAUCCCAAACCUCUUGGCCAAUUUUGGGCCUAUGUACUUCUGCAAAAUGUGUAGGCUGACAUAGCAUCACCCUGUUCCCGAAGGCCUGGUGUAGGAGGGUGAAGGGUAUACUCCCGUGGAGGCACCAGAAACUGAGACCCGUGGCAAAGAUGCACUCUGGGUCCUACCGCCAUCCUGUUCAAGUCUUUCUAUAGACAGUUUUCAGCGUUAGAAAGUAGGAGUUUUCUGUCCUGCUGUCCAAUUGUGAGAGCAUCAGCAGGUUUCUAACUCACUUAUUAUACCCUCUCCCCCCGUUUCUAAGCCUGUGCUAAAGGUUCCUGCCCCAUUAAGAGCUGAGGAGCCAGUGAGCAGGCCCACACUUUAAGCUGUAAACUUGGGAAGAAGCAUUUAGCCAAUAAAACUGUUGAAGCUCCAGGACGCCUGGGUGGCUCAGUUGGUUGGGCGACUGCCUUCGGCUCAGGUCAUGAUCCUUGAGUUCCGGGAUCGAGUUCCUGCAUCGGGCUCCCUGCUCAGUGGGGAGUCUGCUUCUCCCUCUGACCCUCCCCCCUCUCAUGCUCUAUCUUAUUUCCUCUCUCAAAUAAAUAAAUAAAAUCUUAAAAAAAAAUUUAGAAAACUGUUGAAGCUCCAUAGAGUUGGGGCUGUAGUUGAGACCUCCUGUCAGUCCAAGUACUGUUAGUGCCAUUUGUACCAGCUGCUGUUACUGAGCGCCAGCUCCUAGGGCCCCAACGCCAAGGAGACCUCUUGGUGGCAGGCUGGUGGCAGACCUCUGGUGACAGAGCAUCUCUCACACUUGAAGUGAGUUCUUCGUGUGAUUAGCCCUCAGCAACCGAUGGGCCCAAAUGCGCCUCCGUUGUUCCUUCAGACAGCCCACGAUCAAAUUUAAGGAACAAGCAACUAAAAAUGUUAAGCCAAUCAUGAUAAUCCGAUUCCUAGUGCUGAGAAAGCUCUCCCGCUCCUGCCGCCCACAGCACUGCUGCCCCGGGUGGGGGCGGGGGCGGGGGGAAGCUGCCGCCACCACAGGGCUGUGAUCCUCUCUGGGGCGCUUCUGCCGUCGUUCAUCCAUGUAGCAGGUGUUCCUGGAGCUCCUGUAGGACAGGUAGCCGGGGAGCUGUUGGAGGUGUAGCGGCAGUUGGGACCGUGGGAGAUGAGACUGCUCGUCCUCCUUCAUGGCAGCUCUCCUCCUUUUGCUUUCCGAGCACCUAGGCAUCUGAUAUCUUUUUCUGUUAUAUUAUGCUUUUUGUUUUAUUUUUCUUGUUCCUGGUCUGUGGCUGAACUCUGGUUCUAGUUGUUUGGCCUAGCCCUAGGUCCCUCAGAGCUCUUCCCCAGCAGCACAGGGCCUCCCCUCCCUGAGGGUGUGCAGUUUGGGGCAAUAUUACGUCAUUCUGACUGCAUGCUAAUUAUGUUGUCUUUGUAACUCUAACAUAAAGAAGGUAAUCCCUUAAUGGCAGGGAUAUUAAAAAUUACUUAAUGGUCACUUGCAAAUUAUUGCUUUUUUUAAUUAAAAAAAUUUUUUUUCCCUGAGAAACUGGCCCUGGUGCAGAAAAGGGAGCAUAAUUUUAGAAUAUUUGUGUUCUUGGUUCUUUCCACUUUCUAUCUCCCACAUCUUCUUUCUGUCACUCAUUUUGUUCUUUAUGCCUUUCCUGCUAAUCCUUGUUUCGGUAUUAGAGGUGUCAGCUGAGAAGGAUUUGGGAUAAGGUUAAGCCUUCUCUUUUCUUGGGAUUUGUGUUGUAACUGAGUGCCCUGAAACAGCUUUCAGACUCAAAGUCGAGUGAAGCUAGGAAGAUGGAGCUCCAGGGAGUGGGUUUUAAUUAGCCUCCAUGGGUGGUAUGUGGCCCCGGCCUGCUGUUUACUCUCAGUGUUGGCUGAGGCUGGGAGGCCUCAGGUGCCUGGGCUUCUGCCCCUGGCCUCCUGGGUAUCCAGCCUGGUGCUAGCAAUGCUACAAGCAGUGCUAAUUCAAGAUUGGGUCUCCUGCCCCUGGGUUCCCAGUCUAACUGGGGACAGACUGACUCAGGUUGGAAAGGCAAAGAGCUACUUUGGAAAAAAGUUUGAUUAUCUCCUGUAAUUGAACAUCUACUUACUCUACAGCGCAGUUAUUCCCAUACUAGGGAUAAAUCCAAGAGAAACUCAUACAUGUCCACCAGAAGAUUUGUACAAGAUUGGUUCAUAGCAAUCCCAAAAGGAAACGCAAAUGCCCAUGAGCAGCGGAGUGGACAAAUAAACUGGAAUAUUCACACAAUGGCAUAUUAUAUGGCUGUCAAAUGAACCACAGUGAUACAAAACAGUAUGGAUGAACUUUUAUAAUAAAAUAUUAAAUGAAAAAAGUUCAGUCCCAAAAGAUUAAAUGUAGCAUGAUGCCAUUUAAAAAAAAAAAAGGAAAACAUAAAAAUGUGUUAUUAUUUGCAGACAAUAUAAUUGAUCAGUUUUAAACGUACUGUUUCAUGAAUUUUGAUAAUUAUAUAUAAUAAUAUAAUCACCAUCACCAUCAAAAUGUAGAAAAUAAUUCUAUCUUCUAAAAAGCUCCCUUGGGGCGCCUGGGUGGCUCAGUCG